AUGGCGUCCAAACAGACAGGCGGUUGGAUCUGCAACUUGUCGACUGGCAACUUGUUUGCGCUGCACGAGAAGCCGGGCGCCGAGGAGCGUGAGAUCUUUUCGAUCAUGGAGUGCUGCUACGAGAAUGGGCGCAGCUACGAGCAGUUCACGCCGGCAGACGCGCCCGCCAUCGAAUUCGACUAUUCGUUUGCGCUGCACCGCCGGCAACUCGAUGAUGUGCUGAAAGAUGGGAAAACGGUGACGCUGAACCCGAUGUACCUCUACCACGAGCACGUGUGGUGGUGCUACGGGUGCAAGGUGUCGAUGGCCGACGAUGGGAUGGUCCGCAUGGAUCUGUUCAGCAUUGGAGCCAAAGCUUUCCCGCGCGCCGUGCAACCCGGCGAGAUGACGCUCAACGCGCCCGGCAAGCAAAAAGCCCCGCCGACCGUCAGCCGCAAAAUCAGCAUCGCGCACCAGGAGCGUAAGGGAUUU